AUGGGAACCAGUGAGAAUCUCAAAAAACUGACUGCAAGUUGCACACUACAGAAACCUCUUGAAAUGUGCACUGAUCUAGCUGCACAAUAUGAAAAUCAAGGUGGCUUCUGCAUCCCCCUCUACAUCCCCUACGUGCUGACGGGCGAGUGGAAGUUCGGGAAGGGCUUGUGCAAGCUGUGGCUGGUGGUGGAUUACCUGGUGUGCACCGCCUCCGUCUUCAACAUCGUCCUGAUCAGCUUCGACAGGUUCAUCUCCGUGACCCAGGCGGUGAACUACAGAGCUCAGAAAGGGAUGACUAGAAAUGCCAUAUUGAAGAUGAUAAUUGUAUGGAUUGCAGCUUUUCUUCUCUAUGGCCCAGCCAUCAUCAGUUGGGAGUAUAUUGCUCAAAAAAGUAUCCUCCCUGAAGGAGAGUGCUAUGCUGAAUUCUUCUACAAUUGGUAUUUCCUAAUGAUUGCUUCUACUGUUGAAUUCUUUACACCUUUCAUUAGUGUUACAUACUUCAACUUAAGUAUUUACAUCAACAUUAGGAAGCGCACUCCCCCAAGAAAUGAAAUCCUAGCCCCUGGUCAAGAGGACUGUGAAAUGAGUUUUCAAGGGAAAAAAAGGGAGCAUAUAUUUUUUGUAAAACCUACUGCUAGACAGAGCGAUAAGAAAAAGAGAACAAGUAGCCUUUCACCUUCUCGACCCUGUGGUUCAAGACUAAGCCUACAUAAACUUGAUAGCCAGUCCUUAGAUUUUAAUGUUGGUCAAGAUUUACCACCCUUACAGGUAGAUGUUGAGACUAAACAACUGAGGGGCAGUUUUUACAAAGCUAUAGAAAAUGUUUGCAACACCACAAGGAGAACAGAUAUUGCCAGCAGCAUGGCAAACAGAGUUAGACUUUCCCGGGACAAACGAGUAGCUAAGUCUUUAGCCAUUAUUGUCUGUGUGUUUGGUUUGUGUUGGGCUCCUUAUACACUUCUGAUGAUCAUUAGAGCAGCUUGUCAUGGGCAAUGUGUGCAUCAUUCUCUCUAUGAGAUUUCAUUUUGGCUGUUGUGGCUGAACUCAGCCAUUAAUCCUGUUUUAUACCCACUGUGCCACAUGAGUUUUAGAAAAGCUUUUAUAAAACUACUGUGUCCUGGUAAAGCUAAAAUUCAUCCCCAUAUUUUUAUGUAAAAAAAAAGCAAGCUUUUUAUGAGAGAAACACUACUUCUAAAAGGAACCUACUCAUGAUGGAUUGGUGUAGGACCAUGAAUUUGGACUACUACUGGUUACUCUUAAGUCAGUGUAAGCUUAAGAGAUCAAUUAAAAUACACAGAGAAAGAUACCAAUGCUAAAGCACUACAACAAGAAAAUAACUAAGUUUUUCCAUUCAAAGCAGAAUGACAUGCAAAAAAGGCAAAGUGGCAUUUCUAUUAAAAGUGACAUAAGAGAUCCCAAAGUCUUUCACCUUUAAUACUUUCAGGUGUUAAUAUAUUAGGAUUUUUAUGUAACCUCAGAGUGUAGAUGACUUCUGCAGGCCACAAAGUACAAACAAUAAAUAUACUGCAAGAAUCAAAGUUAAAAUCUAACUUGAAAUUGAUUCAAUUUACAGUAUUUACUGUAAAAUCUCAAGUAUAAUGCACCCCAAUGUAUGACGACUUUGGAAGCUUAGCAUAAUGAAAAAAUCUGAACUCCUAUUUAUAAUGCGCCCUGGGGUUUGAAGCCAUCAAGCUUAGCAGCCCCACAACUUCUGCCAACAGAUGGCUGUCCCACAGCCAGGAGCAGAUCUGCCAACACCAAGCCCAGCCUCAUCCACUUCCUGGAGACGGCCCCGGGCUGCAGGAGAGUGGGAGGGAGGGACACACUGCUCCCACCUGCAGGCUCACCCUGGAGGUUCUGGCUGCACAGCCUCUUCCCUCCCUAGUGCUCGCUGAGCUUGCGCACGCUGUGGGGACCCGAGUACAGCCUGAAGGAGCACCGGGCAGGCAGCGAACCAGGGCACUGCCGCCUGGCAGUGCCGCCGGCUCCUCACCUUGUCCAGGAGCCUGGUGGGGCAGCAACCCCCGCACCGCGCUGCAGUGGGAAAGUUUCCAGGCACAGCCUAAAGGAGCACUGGGCAGGCAGCGAGCCAGGGCACUACCAAAAUAAAGCUUUAAAAAAACCCAACACCUAUGUAUA